CUUUCUCUGGGUUUCCGUCUUAGCUUUCUCCCACUGGCGCUCCAAACUUGGUCUCUGAGGUGCGUUCUCCUUCUCCAAUUUCACAUACCGAACCAAUUCCUCCGCAGCUUCUCUAAUUCCGACUUCUGAGCUCAAUUUAGUGUUCGGCAUGAACUGUGGAAGAAAUGAGGAGUUGGAAUACCAAGGCUCGGCUGUGUCGCCUAUGAGUCGUCGGUAUGGUCACAUUUCUGCUCCUGGUGAUGGCAUAAGUAGAGUUCGCACAAUGGAACAAGUGGUGGUGUGCAAUAGCUACAUGAAUUCGGACGAUUUUUCUGGUUACAUAUUUAUGUGUAAUGGAAGAACAAAACCGGAAUGUUACAUGAAUCGUGUUUUUGCACUUCCUGCUGGAAGAAGGGAAGUUAUUGAGAAGAUUAAGCCAGGCAUGAAGCUGUUUCUAUUUGACUACGAUGUGAAGUAUCUUUAUGGAGUCUACGAAGCAACCACUGCUGGAAGAUUGAACUGGGAGCCAGCUGCUUUUGGUGGGAAAUUCCCGGCUCAGGUGAGAUUCCAUAUCUACAAGGAAUGUCUCCCUCUGCCAGAGAGUUCUUUCAAGCAUGCUAUUCAAAAUAACUACCAGAUAGGCUCCAAAAAGUUUAAUCCAAUUCUCAGUAGCCAACAAGUAAGCCAUCUAUUAUCAAUGUUCGUUCCUCUUACAAAGCCAUCAUCUGCUAUAUAUGACCAAUACCCUGUAAAGGAUCAAUUUCAAUCCCAUUCAAGGCUUCCUCCUUCAAGGUAUCCAUACUCUAACAUGACAAACUCCAGUCAUAAUCCACAAGCGUCACUGCCUCCGAGCUAUUCUUCAAUGUAUGGCAGAAUUACUUCACCAGCCUUGGAGCCUCAGUAUACUCAAAUGAGUGUCACGCAGCCAGAACAUGUUGGUUAUGGAUAUGCAGCACAGAUGGGCCACAAUAAUCCUACAGUGCAACCACAAGCUAAUUCAGCUCCAUAUCAGACAUCUCAUUCUGUAGAAGCAGGGCAACAGCACUUGUAUGAAAUACCCAAUUCAUAUCAAAGGUAUGAGGCUGCUGCACAGGCUGUGGUUCCUGCUCAUCAAUACACUGACUGGAGAUAUCGGUACAAUCAGUUGCCGUCACAGACCCAGAUGCAGAUGCAGGAGACUGCUGCUCAACACCAGAGUUUCUAUCAAGUGCCUGCAGCUCAUCAUGAUACACAGCCUAUACAACAACAUCCAUUGAGAUUCGAAGAGCCUGGGCCUGCUGUGAUGACUCUUCCCAUUUCAUCAUCAAAUACUUGGACUCUGCAAAUUUAAACUGGUUAGGCAGCAUUCAUUUUGCAGGUCAUAGUUGACUGUGAGUCCUGGAUAUAUGCAAAUUACAUUUAUAAGAUAAAUAUAUUGAAGCAACAUGAUGCGUAGAUUAGCUUUGA